AUGUCCGUGGAAAAAGCUGCUGCAACUUAUGAAAAUUCAAGUGUCACAAAUCCAAAUAAUGAAGAUAUCUCUCUGGAAACACAAAACCGCCUACAAAAGAAUAUUGCAACAAGAACUAGAUAUAUCGGACUGUUUAGAAAUAUUCAAAAAUAUUCCACAAUCCCAAUUACCAGCUAUUUUUGUUUACAUGCAACUAAUAUAAUUGUACUCCCCCUAGUGGCGUCCAAUAAUCAAGUUGAAAGAUUUAUGGAAUGGACACAUACCUUUUUACCAAUUAACACUGCAAAGUGGAUUUUAUUCUUUGCAUUUACUCAUAUUGAGUCUGGAACUCUUUUAAAGUUAUUCAAGAUUUGGAAUGAAGCUGAUAGUAGAAAUUUAAAAGGUAAAAAUGAUUAUAGCGUAAUAAAGACAUUUUUAUUAAAAUUUGUCAAAGGACGCUCGCCAGUUUCUCUGUCCGGAUCAGUUUUUGUAUUUUCAGUAUUUUUCCACCUAGCUUUAAUAAAAUUCUUACCUCAGUACUUGGGUGGUCUACAUACUGGUAUCCCAUUUAUUACUUGGCUAUUGCAUAACGAUAGUUUAUUUGUCCGUUUCGGGUUAGGUGCUCUACCAUUGAUUAUAUUGAUUUGGGGUGCCAUUUAUCACAUAGUCAAUGGAAGUGCUGAAUUUUUGGGCUUAAAAUACAAUGCAAGAAACACGUUUAAGUCAUUCGCAAACUUACUAAGUAUUGUUGGUACCAUUACCGUAUUUAAAUUCCUUCUAACAAAACCAAUCUUUCAAGAAUUGGAAAUCCCAGGUUUUGAAAAACUUAUCUCGUACUUUUAUUAG